GGGAAAUUCCUGUUGCUCCUGGGGUUUCUCUACUUCUUCGUGUGCUCCUUGGACGUCCUCAGCAGCGCGUUCCAGCUGGUUGGAGGAAAGGUGGCCGGACAGUUCUUUAGCAACAACUCUGUCAUGUCCAACCCUGUGGCGGGGCUGGUGAUCGGGGUGCUGGUGACUGUCCUGGUGCAAAGCUCCAGCACCUCCACGUCCAUCGUCGUCAGCAUGGUGGCCUCCUCCCUGCUCACCGUGCGGGCUGCCGUCCCCAUCAUCAUGGGCGCCAACAUUGGGACCUCGAUCACCAACACCAUCGUGGCGCUCAUGCAGGUGGGAGACCGGGGAGAGUUCAGAAGGGCCUUUGCAGGAGCCACCGUCCACGACUUCUUCAACUGGCUGUCCGUGUUGGUGCUCCUGCCCCUGGAGGCUGCCACCCACUACCUGGAGAUCCUGACCAGCCUCGUGUUGGACACCUUCCACUUCCAGAAUGGAGAAGAUGCCCCGGCCCUUCUCAAAGUCAUCACGGAUCCCUUCACAAAGCUCAUUAUCCAGCUGGAUAAAAAAGUUAUCAACCAAAUUGCAAUGAAUGAUGAAACAGCGAAAAACAAGAGUCUGAUCAAGAUAUGGUGCAAAACUGUUACCACUGUGACGCAGAUGAACGUCACUGUCCCUUCACCUGAGAACUGCACCUCCCCUUUGCUAUGUUGGACGGAUGGCGGCGACACGUGGACCACGAAGAACAUGACCCACACGGAGAACCUUGCCAAGUGCCAGCAUAUCUUUGUGAAUUUCAACCUCCCGGACGUCGCUGUGGGCAUCAUUCUGCUCAUAAUCUCCCUGCUGGUCCUCUGCGGCUGCCUGAUCAUGAUUGUCAAGCUUCUGGGCUCAGUGCUCAAAGGGCAGGUCGCCUCUGUCAUCAAGAAGACUCUCAACACUGAUUUCCCCUUUCCCUUCGCCUGGGUGACUGGCUACCUGGCCAUCAUCGUGGGGGCAGGCAUGACCUUCAUCGUGCAGAGCAGCUCUGUGUUCACGUCCGCCAUGACCCCGCUCAUUGGUAUCGGUGUGAUCAGCGUUGAGAGGGCGUAUCCGCUCACGCUGGGCUCCAACAUUGGCACCACCACCACCGCCAUCCUGGCCGCCCUAGCCAGCCCGGGCAACACGCUGAGGAGCGCGCUCCAGAUCGCGCUGUGCCACUUUUUCUUCAACAUUUCGGGCAUCUUGCUGUGGUACCCCAUACCGUUCACUCGCCUGCCCAUCCGCCUGGCCAAGGGCCUGGGCAACAUCUCCGCCAAGUACCGCUGGUUCGCCGUCUUCUACCUGAUCUUCUUCUUCCUGCUGACGCCGCUGGCGGUGUUCGGCCUCUCGCUGGCCGGCUGGCCGGUGCUGGUGGGUGUGGGGGUGCCCAUCAUCCUCGUCCUCCUCCUGGUGCUGGGCCUCGGGCUCCUGCAGUCCCGCUGCCCCCGCGUCCUGCCCAAGUCGCUCCAGAACUGGAACUUCCUGCCCCUGUGGAUGCACUCGCUGAAGCCCUGGGACAACCUCAUCUCCUCGGCCACCAGCCUCUGCCAGCGGCGCUGCUGCUGCUGCUGCCGCGUGUGCUGCCGCGUGUGCUGCCUCAUGUGCGGCUGCCGCUGCUGCCGCUGCUCCAGGUGCUGCCAGGACCUGGAGGAGGGGCAGGAUGCGCAGGGCGUCCCCAUAAAGGCCCCAAAGGCCUUUGAUAACGAAGCCAUGAGCAGAGAGGCCCAGGAAGAGGUCAAGGCCCAAGGCAAUGCCCCAGGCCCAGAGGUCGUGUCCAGCAGCACCGCCUUGUAGGGGCAGCCCAGGGGUCUGGGAAGGAGCUUGGGUCCCACAGCUCUGCUCCCUCCCCGUUCUGCCCACCUUCCACCACCUCCAGGAGAUCCCGUCCCCAUUAAGUGGAGUUGGCACCAGACCUAGCUCCUUCCUGCUGGCCCAGCAUGUCAGCCCCAGGGUGGUUUUAUCUCAGCCUCUAGUCCCUCGGGUUUCCACUCCCAGGAGGGCAGACAAGCCUGAAGGAGAAUUAGACAGUGAACGGCUGGACGGAUGAUCACGUCUGCUCCUGCACAUAACUGGGUUGGUCCAUAGGACCUAUUUUUCAAACUUAAACCGUCCUUUCGGAAGGAAAAGGCCCAAGGGAGGAUGUAUGGAAGGUUCUCAGAGGUGGAUAUAAGUGUGUAGGUGGGUAUGUGCACACAGCUCAGGCGUCUCUCUAUCAAAGUCUGGCUGCCCCCAACAUCCUUGCCCCAGACCAGCCUGGGUUAGGGGACAUCGUGUAAUGGUUUGGAAACUUGGCAACCGCAGGUGUGGGCCUUUCCCACUGCCCAGUGCCCCACCCACCCCCCAUCAGGGUUUCCUCCCCUGGGCAGGGAUAUGAGUCCAAGCAGUUCACCUGCAGUGUCUGUCCUCAAGUGUCCGGGAUGGAAGCCGCAGCUGAGCUACAGAGAGAGGCUCAGGAUCCACUUCGGCUCACUCCUGUCUUCGUAAGAGGGAGAGGAUGGUCCUGCUCCUGAGCUGGCCAGAUGGAGGACAGGGGUAGAGCCAUCCUGUUGGAGCUUUUAGGAUGAGCCCUGCAAGUUCUCCAGGCCCCUCCCAGGCACGGCUCACUGGAACCCCGGGACAUGUCUGUGGGCGGAACAGGUCCCCCGCCCUCCCUGCCGCCUCUCUUCCCUGCAGCACGACUUCCUAGGUCAGACAUAGUGCUCAACUUCCUUCCUUCCAUUCACCCAUCCACUGGAACCUCUUCCCAGACAUUUUUCCGUUUUCCCGUAGUAGAGCUUUGGCUUUCUGCCCUUUCCGUGCCUUAAAGCUCCAGACUUUUCCCAGGGGAGGAAGCCAGGGCCGGGUGACCUGCCCAGGGACCUUCCCGUGUAAUGGGCCGCACAUGCCCGAGAGUCAAAGGGGUGUGCUCCCACUCAACCCAGAUGCCUGCUCUGUGCCUUCUAGAGCCCCUGUCCUAGUGACACCACUGCUACUGACCCCAGCCAUCCCGAGUCCCCCGGCCAGGGCCAGCACCUUCACCUUGUAGAGGACAGGGCAGUCGGUGCCAACACGCUCCGUGACCCCGUCCCCUCCUGCCUCCCUUGCCAGCUUCCCCAUCUUCUUAACAGGUUGGGACACCAGGCUGAGCCCUCCC